AUGAGGGAGCUUAUUGCAAAAGUUCUAGCAAAUAGGCUUAAGCAUGUUUUACCAAACAUUAUUUCUAGUCUGCAGAGUGCUUUUGUGCCUGGUAGAUCUAUUAUUGACAAUGUGAUGGUGGCCUAUGAGAUCCUUCAUACCAUGAAAGCAAGACAAAAAGGAAGAGAAGGAAGCAUGGCCUUAAGGCUAGACAUGUCUAAGGCAUAUGAUAGAAUUGAGUGGACUUUUCUGAGGUCCAUAAUGAAGAGGCUGGGUUUCUGUGACAGAUGGAUCCAGUUGAUUAUGAUUUGUGUAGAAUCGGUUAGAUAUUUAGUUGUGGUAAAUGGAAAGGUUGGUGAUACUUUCAUGCCCACUAUAGGUUUAAGGCAAGGUGACCCAUUGUCUUCUUAUCUUUUUAUCUUAUGUGCUGAGGGACUGAGCUCUAUAUUGAGUAAAGCUGCUGCAAAUGGGAGAGUUAAAGGAGUAGCUGCUGCUACAGGAGGGACUCAAAUUAAUCAUCUCCUCUUUGCUGAUGAUUGUGUGAUCUUCAGCAAGGCAAGUAAAGAGGUGUGGUUGGCUAUACAUGAUCUUUUGCUUUUGUAUGAAGUUUCUUCAGGCCAAAAGCUGAAUAGAGAGAAGACAACAAUCCUUUUUAGUCCCAAUACAAGUGAGCUGGUUCAAGAGGAAAUUAUUUAUGAGGCUGGUGAAAUUGUUUGUGGAGAUUAUGGAAAAUAUCUUGGUCUUCCAACCAUGAUUGGAAGAUCAAAGUAUGAAACUUUUAGGAGUAUAAAAGAAAGGGUAUGGAGGAAGAUUAGAAGCUGGAAAAAUUCCUUUUUAUCAAGUGCAGGUCGAGAGGUGUUAAUUAAGGCUGUAUUACAGUCUAUUCCUACUUAUACGAUGAAUGUGUUCAGAUUUCCAAGGAAGCUGUGCAAAGACAUCAACUCAAUGAUUGCAAAUUUCUGGUGGAGUGGUAAUAAAGACAGUAGGGGUAUUCAUUGGAAGGGUUGGGAUAAAAUGGGUGAAAAUAAAAAGAAUGGUGGGAUGGGGUUUAGGGAUAUUGAUGUUUUUAAUAGGGCUAUGUUUGCCAAACAAGAUUUCAAAGUUAGAUCACCUAUUAAUACAUUACCUGCAGACUCGAAGGUAAGCUCCCUUAUCUUUGAGGAUCUUCAUUGCUGGAAUGAGAGGUUGGUAGGUGAUAUGUUUAGUAAGGAAGAGGCUGCUCAGAUAUGCAGUAUACCUUUAAGUUGGCAUGGUGAGGAAGAUAAAAUUUUAUGGGGCUUUACUAAGGAUGGCAGGUUUUCUGUGAGAAGUGCCUAUCAUUUAGGCAAUGACAUGGGAAGAUCGAGGCUUGGGGAAUGUUCUAGUAGACAAACUCAGCAACAAAUUUGGGAAGGGGUUUGGAGUCUAAAUGUUCCUAAUCCUACAAAACAGUUUGUGUGGAAGGCACUGAAAGGCAUAUUACCAACAAGGCAGAACCUAGUGCAGAGAAAAAUAAUAGAAGAUGCUACUUGUAAUAUCUGUCAUGGAGAUGUAGAAACAGUAUGUCAUGUGCUAUGGUCCUGUCUAGCUGCAAGUGAUGUAUGGGCUGAAAGUGGAAGUGGACUUCAGAAAUGGAUAUGUGAAGAAAAAGAUUUUUUCCAGGUGUGGUCUGAUAUGCAGACCAGAUUGCAGCAGAGCAAAUUAGAAGAGAUGAAGGGGCCUAUGCAUCAGACAAGGAAAAAUACAAAAUGGAUGCCACCAGAUGAAGGAAUUUCAAAGGUAAACUUUGAUGCGGCUAUUGACAAGACUAAUUACAGAUUGGGAUUGGGCAUAGCAGGAAGGAAUCAUGUGGGAGAGGUUCUAUUUUCUUUUAGUUCUUCAAAAUUGUUUAGUGGUAGCUCUGAUAUGGGUGAAGCAGCGGCUCUAUGGAGAGCUAUAGAACUUGUUAUGGAGCUGGAUGUCAGGAAUGUAGUGUUUGAAGGAGAUGCUAACAGGGUGAUCAAAGGGGUAACAGAUGUAAGGGGAAAUUAUGCAUGGAUGGAGCAGAUGUAUGCUAAUAUUCGAAGCAGGUUGAGUUUGAGGCAUGACUGGUCUAUGAAUUUCAUACAUAGAGAAGGGAAUUGUGUGGCUCAUGAAUUGGCUAAGAGAGCUUUAAGAGUGGAAAGGGAAUGGUGCUGGAUUUAG